CAGCUUGCCGCGUAGGAAUCGAUGCUACCGACAACUUCAGAUGCAGUUGAGAUGGAUGUACAUACAUACCAAGAUGAUGAGCGGCCACCCCCCACCGCAACCCAACAGCAGCACGUCGGCGGCACAUCUCUGAUCCCACCUCUGCCUCAACCACUGGGCUUCCUGUUUUAACUCCAGACACAGGCAGGGGUGCCCCGGACCCUGACUUAAGUUAGGUCGCGGCCACCGUGGGUCUGCCGAGUGGAGUGGCCCUCUUUCACGCCAAACCCUGGUCCAAGAGGACGAAGAGAUACAAAACCGUUGGCCGCAGAGCGGCAGAUCGAUGACCACUUCCAAGCACGAUGGACAUCAUGGACUCGCCGCCACGCUCACAACCCCUCGACCCGGUGCUUCCCCCCAUGCCUCGCAGGCAAUCGUGCGACCGCUGCCAUGAACAAAAGGUCCGCUGCGUUACGGAAGGGCCGAAUGGCGCCUUGACUCUCGGGGGCAUCGCAGAAGAGGGCGAAUCGAACCCCGAUGGGCACGUUGUCGCACCCGUUCCUUGCGGGCGAUGUCGGAAGGCCGGGACGGUGUGCAUCUAUAGCCCCCAGCUUCGAUCCGGCCGCCCACGACGCCGACGGGAUUCCAACAUAGCUCCCCCUCGCAAGCGCACCAGAAGGGCCUCGAGAUGUUCAUCCUCUUCAUCUUCAUCACAGACAUCUUUUCAACCAUCGCCGCCAUCAUCAUCCCAUGCGCUCAGCCAUCCCUUCGGCGGUAUGGGCUUCAAUAAUUCGGAGCACUCCCAAGAGUCCACGCACGAGUUUGUCCCGUCUCGGACAGUGUCCUCGCCUGUUGUCACCACGCCAAUUUGCGAACAAAUCACGCACCACAGUCUGGGUCUCGACACCCCACCGCCUACUGAGGACUGGCAGACGCCAUCAUACCAUUGCGACAGCACUCAGUCCCUGGCCGACAUGUGCCCAGUGACCUCGUUCCCGGCCGGGCCCAGCGUUGCAUACGCACCGGUUUUCCAAGACCCCGCUGCUAACCUGGUUCCGGCGGCCGAGAACAUCGUGGGCGGUUAUUCGUGGUGCUUGCCGGCGUCUUCGGACUAUUUCCUCGAGGAACUAGGACAGAUCAACGUCCGCAUCCACCUUGCCGGGCGCGCCCUGCCCUCCCCCGUCGGGGCCCCGGCGCCGUGGUCAUGGCCCGCAACCAACAACGGGUUCGACGCCGCCUGCUCUCUGAUCGACGCCGUCGACCGCUUUGCGGCAAGGAGACAGGCCGCACCCUUUUCAGAACCCCCAAACGCGCACACGGACGGCCGGACCAUCGACGCCGCGCUAGACUCGUCAGCAUGCCUGAUGGUCCACGCAUGCCACCAAGCCCUGCUGGGCAUCUUCGAGCACCUGUCGGCCGCGCUACUCCUCUACCUCGCCGAGCAGCAGCAACAGCAAACACCGCCCCGCACCCCGCCAGACGCGACCUUCCUCCCGCCGUACCAGACCCAAGCCGUCAUCAUGACCAACCUGAUAAGCCACCUCCUCAACCAGCUUGACCGCGCCUUCCUAUCGCUGUCAGCGACCUCCAACCAUGCACACUCCCAACAACACCCACAGCAACAACAACAAAACCACAAAGCCGGCGUCCUCCGAUCAAUGGCGGGCUUCGACCAAGGGCCGCCGCCGGGGCCCUCGGGCGGCGCAGCAGACGCGUUGUUCAGCGAGAUGGCGCAGAGGCAGAGCAAGGUCAGGGGGCAGGUCAAGGCCGUUGAGCGGUUGUUGCGCCCUCUACAACAGCAGCAUGUAGCAUAGUUUUUCUCUUGUGUUUUUUGGUUUCUUCGUUUUCACUGUUGGCCACUGCGGGCAGCGUCCUGCCGGAUGGGAUUGUAGUCUAAUUGUAAUGCUGGGUUGGGUGGAGGCUGGACUGGAGGCAGGGGGUGUUUUGAUUAUUUAUGAUAUGGUUUUUUUCUUGGUUGGGUUGGGGGUGAGGACUUUUGGUGUUGUUUGGGUGAAUGUGAUGAUGGUGUUUUUGUGUUGAUUCUCG